AUGACGAAGACAACGACGAAGGCUUUGGCGCCGACCGGAACGGGCAAAGCAGUAAAGCCCGUCAAAGAGAAGCGAAGGAACAAUGAAAAACGCAAGGAGAAAUCGCGUGAUGCAGCUCGUUGUCGGCGUUCUCGAGAGACGGAGAUCUUCCAGGAUCUGGCCAGUUUGUUGCCGAUGCGCCCUGAAGAAGUGGAGCACUUGGACAAAGCCUCCGUAAUGCGUUUGUCGAUUGCAUUUCUCAAGGCGCGUAAUAUGUUGGAUCUAUUUCCCGAGAUAUCUGAAAUAACGAAGAAAAUCGAAAUUAAGGAGGAUAACGACGCUUCCACUGAAUCUAUGGAUGAGUUUAAUUUUGACGAAACAAAGCUGAGCCUGAAAUCACUCGGCCUAGAACCAGAGACAGUCGUAUUGCAGGCAUUGGAUGGAUUUUUGAUGGUUCUCUCGGCCGAUGGCGACAUAACGUACAUUUCCGAAAAUGUUAGCGAGUAUCUUGGCAUUUCACAGAUCGAUAUUAUGGGUCAACCGAUCUGGGACUACAGCCAUCAGUGCGAUCAUGAUGAGUUGCGAGAAGCGCUAAACGGACGCCGUCAUUCACCGUCGGAGUUGCAAAAUGGUGUCGCCAAUAGUGACUGUCAGCCGAUGGAGAAUCGGGAUUUCUUCUUGCGGCUCAAGUGCACUCUGACAAGCCGCGGUCGCAGUGUCAAUAUUAAAAGCGCAUCGUACAAGGUGCUGCACAUAACGGGUCAUAUCGCUUGUAAAGAUAAGGAAGGUCAGCGCCAGUUGGUGUCCAUCGCUCGUCCUCUUCCGCAUCCGGCCAACAUCGAGGUUCCUCUGGGAUCGAGCACUUUUCUCACUCAGCACACGUUGAGCAUGAAAUUCAGCUACGUCGACGAUAUGUUACUAUCGCUUCUGGGCUACGAGCCUGCCGAUUUACUUGGCAAAUCUUUGUACGAUUGUCACCAUGGAAGUGAUGCAGAGCAUUUGAUGGCAACAUUUAAGCACGUAAUCAGCAAGGGACAGAGUGAAACAUCCCGUUACCGUUUUCUGGCUAAAACAGGUGGAUAUGCAUGGGUCGUCACGCAAGCUACUGUCGUCUACGAUAAACAAAAACCACAUAGCGUCGUAUGCGUUAACUACGUUCUAAGUGGUGUGGAGAACAAAGAUGACAUUUUGUCGUGUGCACAACUGGAAGCACGCCAGCAGCUGUUGUCAGAAGAGCCUGAACAGUGUGGUACCGAAAACGGUGAUAGUGUCGUGUGUGACGGUGGUGACCAGCAAUCAGUCGAGCAGCAGUGCCCAGCAGUAACAGCACCUUCACUGCCGGCCAUCGCCUGCGCUCGUGUGCAGGAAGUGCUAACACCAGAAACAGUACCGAUCCCAGCGGAAGUUCGCUUCAGCGACAGUGCCGAACAAACGCAGCGCUACGAGCCGCUCCCAGUCGCUGUCAGUGGUGGUAAAGUGUUGUUGUGCGCGAAGAACGAUACGUCUGCAGCAGAGAAGCAACUCAAGGGUGUUCUGCGAGAGCCAAACGGCAACAUAAGUGCAACACCGAAGACAGCAUUCUCUGCGUCUGGCUGUCGUCCGGUGUCAGUUACGGCAUCGAUCUUCAACAGCCUACCGACGGGUGGUGGCAACUUGGGCUCGGAAAAACCACGCACCCCCAACAACGCCCGGGUUUGUGGCGUUCCUCAGCCACAGCAACCAUUGGCAUCCGCCGCGCUUCAAUCCGUUACAGCGAAGCUAUUCGUAACGCUUCCUCCGGCAAGCGGUGGUGCUAGUGUGGCCGGGUGCAACGGCGCCAUCAACGGUGGAGGCAGUGGCGCGGGAAAUAAACCCCAGCACGCCACCGAGAAAAUCUUCGCCCCACGGACGGAAGAUAUGAAUAAAGGAUUCUUGAUGUUCUCCGAUGAAGAGCCUGGACUGACCAUGCUUAAAGAUGAACCGGAUGAUUUAACGCAUCUGGCCCCGACCGCGGGUGACGCAUGCAUUCCGUUGGAAGAAUCCGGCACCUUCUUCAAUGAGAUGUUCGAGGACUUCAUCAUACCGGACAGCUACACGCUGCUCCAGGACGAGCUCUGUUCGCUCGACUCGCAGGACACGCGCCUCGACGCGUCCCCGAUAACGGUCCAAUCCGGCACGGUCUGUAUACCGGUGUCCGGCACCGACGCCAUUUCCGGCAGCCUAUCCGCCGCGUCGGUGGUCUCUGCCGCGCUCGCAUGCACCGUUUCCGGCAGUUCCGAUGGAACACCGUCCCUGGCCAGCGUGUCGAUUGGCUCCCAAACCCACCAGCACAGCCACGCGUCCAGUCCGGGCGCAUCCUCGGCCUCGCGGGCAUCCAUAUCCGUCUCCUCAUCGCCCGUACCAUCGUCCCCGAGCCGGUCACACGUGUCCUCGAACCCGAACUCGCCAUCGGGCACAUCCGGCCUCGGUUCGUCCGCCUCCAGCACGGUCUCGAAUGGGGACCAGCAGCAGGCAACCAUCGGCACCAGCGGCAACCAGCACAACGCCUCCAGCAACGACCCGUUCAUCAAUUACCGGGACGAAGCGAACGAAGUUAGCCCCUCGCCGCAUUUACUGUCGCCCGGCAUAUCGAAGAGUCCUGAAAGCAGCAGCCUGCCGUCGUUGUGCAGCCCGAACGGAUCGCUGCCGGAAGACGAACUUGCAUUUAUGAACCUUAACAUGGACGAGCUCGAUCUGUCAAUGCGCGCCCCGUACAUCUCGAUGAGCGAAGUGGACGAUCUGCCGCUGCUCACCUCAGACGACCUGCUGUGGGGUGUUCCGGCAGCCACCAUCGAGGGCAACGCACCCGGCACGUCCAUUAGCGCGUUCGGGCUCACGGGCAAGUUCUACAUUAAGGACGAAUUUCCCGCGCUCGGUACAUCGCCCACGCCCACCGGUUCCGGCAGUGGAGCACUGGUCGAUCAGCCCACGACCACCGUACAACGGUCACUGCAGGUCGGCAAAGAGCACGGGCUCAUCAUUGACGUGGCGAGUGGAACCGCUUCCGGCAGCAUCGAGCAACCUGCUGCGAACAAUGGCAAUAAUGACAGUAAAUCAACGCUGACCACCACAACCCCACCGUCCAUCGACUCGAGCCUGGCGGCGCUUUUGUGCGGUGGAAACGUCAUCAGCAUACAGCCGGAAACGUCCAACCUGUCGCAACAGCACGGCAACACGGUUCUGAUAGCGCACACAAACGCCUCGGUGAGUGCUGACCAUCAACAGCAGCAACGCCACAGCAACCAGCAACACCACUCGCAUCAGCAGCUGCAGCAAAACGGUGCGCAACAGCAGGAGAUGGGACCGAGCAUCAAGCGCAUCAAGCUUUCGGAAGCAAACCUUCUCCAACACUCCAUGGUUGUGCUGCCGACAAACCCGAAGCUAUGUGACACUUGGAAAUUCGACGACCUACUGCAGCUGAACGGAGCAACAGUGAGCAACAAUGGCAAGACAAACAUGCCACUAGCGAGCGCAUCGCAAACGAACAUUAUUGCGUCCUUCGUGACGACGGCUGGGAAAAAACCAACCGUCGCCGGUGGCAUAAAUGGCAACAAUAAGCGCACCCUAAACGGUGGCAGCGAAUCCUCCACCGAAACCGGAUCCGGAAACACUUGCAAGCGCCUCAGAGCGUCGAGUGGGGCUUCCGCCUCGACGUCCCCAUCGUCGGCUCCACAGCUGUUACAACAGCUAAUGGCACCGUCGCCGAUACCGCAGAAGCUCAAGUCGAAAAGCCGGUCAGCGCAAGACGCCACCGGCAGUGGCCGCUGGCCCAACGGUCAGACAGGCGGCAACGGCGAGCUGCUACAGGAGCAGUCCGGCAACUCGGUGCUGAUGAACCUGCUCGUCAGUGGUUGCGAUAACACCGUUCCGUUAACGCCACCAGAAAUACUGAUCGAAGGUGCGCUUCCGGACCAACCUACAGGUUCUGCCAACGCCAUGGAACGCAGCAACAACGCCGCCGAUGAUAUGCUAUUCAGUCUUACGGACGACGACGACACUGGGGUGUUGUUCAGCUCCGCUAACCCACUGAUCGGUGGUCAAGCUCUUCUGAACGACACGAUCGCUCGUCCGCUCACCAUCGAGACACGUGCUUGUCCGGUUGUAGCCUCCCAGAAGCCAGGAGCCAACAGCAUCGGUACGCAUCCGUCAGAGUUCUCGACGAUCGUCUCCCCUAGCUUGCUGACACCGACCGACCUCGAGAUCUGGCGCGCCAUCCAGCAAGGACAACUCGACCCGAAACAGCUUUCUUUAUCGGGUUACUACGGCCACGGUGCCACCGGAGGCCACAUUCCGAAGUCACUCGACUGUACACCGACCGCACAGCUGACCGGACUGCUGGACGACCCGGCUGAGACGAAUCUACUGGCGACACUGGACGGGUUGGGUGACCUGGACGUGGGAGGUUUGCAGCAACAGCAGCAGUUCAUGGCUACCGGUGCGUUCCGCGCGAUUUCGGCCUACGACGAGGACGGCAGACGCCAGCAUGGGCUUAUUUGA